ACACACACACACACACACACACACACACAGAGCAAAGCUCUUGUUGCCUGUAGACGAGUUAAGAAAAGAGGCUAAUGAGGAUGGCCAACGACGGUGGUGAGGAAGUUUGCAGCCGCCAUCCCGCGAAACCCCAGAGCAAAGUUAUGCUUCGAUAGUGUCCAACGAUUACUGAUUUUGCAAGAAGGAGAUUUGUGGGUAAUCAAAUUAUACUGUUUCUUAGGGUUUUUGUUAACACCAUGAAUGCAUUCCAGAAGAGAGAAUGGCACAUCUUUGAAGGCUAGCUUAUUAAUCUUCCGAGCUGUGGAAAAAAGGGCCAAAAGCAUUUCCCACUAGGCAUACUUUUCAUGUCUAAAGAACAAGUUAAUUCUGAAGAUGCACAUUUUUUAUGCUGAAAAGUUAUGGAUGUUCUUUUGCUUUAUGGAUACGAAGUCAAACUCUUUUCAAAAAAGAAAUAAUUAUUAUGACACUACUGAUAGAUCAUAGAUAUAGGAUCCACCCCAUGUAUAAAAGGAGAUAGACAUUGUAUUAAUCAUCACCGUCUAACCUGUCAUGAGACUCAUGACUAAGCAAGUGAUCGACCUUGUGCCUUUGUUUGCAUGGUGCAUGUGUGAUGAACUGCUCGACCGAACAGCUUGGAGUACCUGCUGAACGAAUGGGAGAUCCAGUGCCUGAAACUCGUAAGCUUAGCCCUGCAAGGCUUCCUCUUCUUCCUCGCCGGCAUCCGGCAACGCAGCUCCUCGCGUUUCAUCGGCGUGCUCCUGUGGCUUGCCUACUUGUCAGCUGACUCCGUGGCUGUAUUCGUGCUGGGCCACCUUGCCGUCCACGCGGGCGGCCCGAGCCACCAGCUCGUCUUCCUCUGGGCGCCGUUCGUGCUCCUUCACCUCGGCGGCCAGGACACCAUCACGGCCUUAUCCAUGCAGGACAACGUGCUGUGGAAGCGCCACGCGCUGACAUUGGCCCAGCAGGUGGCCCUGGCCGUCUACGACGUCGCCAGGACGCCCUGGCCGGACCGCCGGCUCCUCGCCGCCGUGGUGCUCAUGUUCCUCUCCGGCUGCGUCAAGUACGCCGAGCGCACCCUGUGCCUCGCCAGGGCCUCGCCGGCGCGCCUCACGGCCGACUUCCUCGGCUGCUUCCAAGAUCGGAUUAGCUCCAUCAAGGAGAUGCAGGCGAUCGCCAGGGACGGCGGCCUCGGGUCGUCGCGCUACCUGAACAGCCGCGCCUUCACCAGGUUCUCGCUCAACCCGGCAAUGGACGUCAUGUCCACGGACAUCCUGCCUAACUACGACUGGUCCGCCUCGCGCGACAUCUUCUCGGAUCUCUACUCCAAGAUCAGGCGCCUCGGCCGCUCCGACCAGGAAGAGUACUUCCGCCGGACGUACAGGUUCGCCGAGGAGAGGCUCUUCGUCUGCUACCGGCGCCUCUACACCAAGGCUCUCUUCCGGCUGUCCCCGCUGGGAGCGUUCCUCCAUCUCGUCACCUUCCUGUCCACCUCCUCCGCCACGGCGCUCUUCCACUUGUCCGUGAGCGGGGGCCAAGCAGGGCGAACCUACAGCUCUACCGACGUCGCUGUGACCUACGUGCUGCUCGCCGGCGCCGUCACCCUGGAGGUGUCGUCUUGUCUCCUGUCCAUGCUCACCCGCCAAGAUCUCUGGAGCCACCCUGUGCUCUGCUGCUCCUGCCUCCAGCAACUCCCAAUCAUCAAGCUCGUGUUCUGCCUCACCUGCGGUAACUGUGCUGUCCUGCUGAGGCGGUGGAGAAGGCCGCGGCACUGGUCGCAGGAGCUGGCGCAGUACAGCGUGGUUGGGCGGUCGGCCCAGAAGGCCUACGGCGGCCGGCUGCUGCCCGGAUGCGUCGCCAAGCACGUCACGGAGGCGACGAGGCCCGUCCCCGUCACCGACGGCCUCAAGCUUUUCGUCAUCGAGCGGCUCCUCGACGCCGACGCGAUGCCAACGGGCUCAGACUUCACCGGCUCCCGCGGCGAGCUGGCGCUGAGCAAGUGGAUGGGGAGCCUGGAGGCUCCCGCUGCGGCGUCUGGGAUCCUGCACGAGAGCCUCAGGGACGUGGACUUCCCCACCAGCGUGCUCCUCUGGCACAUCGCCACCGAAGUAUGCUUCUUCAACGCCGCGGACGCCGGCGCCGCCGCUGCUACCGCUCUGCCUGCUAAUCCAGCAGAUGAGGAGAGGAAGAAGAUCGGCAGGCAGCUGUCGAAUUACGUGAUGUACCUCGUCUUCAAGUGCGGCGUGUUGCGCAACAGCGGCUCCGAGUUCCUGCUCCGCAAGGCCAAAUACGAAAUCCACGAGCGCAUCAAAGGCCAACGGCAGCACGGCGGCGAUGGAAAGGAGGACCGUUCACGCGAGGAGGUAGCCGUGGAACGCAUAGUGAAGUCGGGAGACAUGGGACAGGUGGAACCACGCGGGAAAGACAUCGUCGCAGCUGCCGCACGCAACGACGACGACGCCGCAGCGACGGCGGCCAGCGCCAUUGAGGUCCUCAGCGACCGGGUGCUGCCGCGGGCGCUCAAGGUGGCCGCGGCACUAGACGGCGUCCGGGGAGGCCGGCCGCAGCAGGGAUAUCGGGCGGCCAGCCGCUGGGACCUGAUCGCCGCCGUGUGGCUGGAGAUGCUCUACUACAUCGGACCGCGGUGCGGCGCGGCGUUCCAUCGAGAGCAUCUCAGCAACGGCGGGGAGUUCGCCACGCACGUCCUCGUCCUCAUGUACAUAAUAGGGCCCCUUGGCUACCACCCCGACAUGCUUAGCUUUGAACCUUUGAACAAGUAAAUCAUCCUGUGCCAUCAUAAUUUCUGCUACCUACAUAUGUGUUUAAAUAUAUGACACAGUUUAUUUAUUUAUUUAUUUUUAGCCUUUCA